CUGUCCGACGUCACUGGCCACAGUCACUGAAAGCCCCUCUAUUCUCUAUUCAACCUCAUCAAGCUCUAGCUCCAUCAGCUCGGAACAACUAAAGCCGCCAUAACCUCACUCUGAAUACCCUCAGACUAGAAAAUGCCCGCCCCCGAGAUACCAAACCUUUUAAAUUCUCUCCGCAGCGCUCGAGGAGGCCGUGGCCGUGGUAGAGGACGAGGAGGCCACGCCUCAUCAGCUGUUACUCACGAUGCUACCAUCCAAGGCACUGAUACUGAUGCUUCAGUGUCGAGGCUGAACGCUGUUGAUUUGGGGUAUCUUUAUGAUCCGUAUGCCCAGUACUUUGUGCAGAGUGGCGACGGGCCUGUGGCAAGACGACUUCCUAUAAUCAAUCGAGGAACAUAUACCCGCACUAUCUCUCUGGACACUCUCAUCGAGUCGUUUCUGGACGGCGAUAAAGACAGUAAACAAGGCGCAGGGCUGAAACAGAUUGUAUCCUUGGGGGCUGGUACUGAUACAAGGCCUUUUCGACUGUUCUUUUCAGAGUCACGCGCUGGGCUGGUCUAUCAUGAGCUUGACUUUGAAGUUGUCACCUCAAAGAAAUUGCGGACUGUACAAGCUACCCCCAAGUUGAGAAACAUAUUGAAAGAUGCUACUCAAAUAACCGAACAUUCGUGGUCAGCUAAACCCACUGGAUGCCAAUACUACUGCCAUGGUCAAGACCUGAGAGGUUUCUCUCAAUCAAAAACACCAAAAGAGGAAGAUGAGACAGAAACAACGACGAACGAAGUAUCUAUCCCCGGUCUGCUGACCGAUAUCCCUACGCUACUACUCUCAGAGUGCUGUCUCUGCUAUCUCACCACCACCGAAGCCUCAGAUAUACUCAACUUCUUCAGCUCACGGAUACCCAACCUCGGCACAAUCAUCUACGAACCAGUCCGCCCAGACGACGCCUUUGGAAAGAUGAUGGUGUCAAACCUGGCAGCGCGUCGCAUCCAAAUGCCCACUCUUCAGAUGUACCAGACACCGGAAGACCAACGGGCGAGAAUGAGCAAAGCUGGGUUUGAAAAGGUGUAUCAUAUGACGAUUGAGGAUAUCUGGCAGAAUUGGGUAUCGGCGGAUGAGAAGCGGCGUGUGGAUUCGCUGGAGGGGCUGGAUGAGGUUGAGGAGUGGAAGUUGUUGGCGGCGCAUUAUAUCGUUGUCUGGGCUUCGAAGGGAGAGGGGUUUGAAAGUUGGGACAGUGUAUGAAGCUGUAGAUGAGCAAUGUCAAUGAAUACUUGCAAGUUGGCUCAUGAUUCUGUACAAUUGGUAUCAAAUGGUUCGUGAUCAUACCAGGUUACACACGCACAGCCGAGAAGUUGUCAAACGUAUUCAGUAUUUAAAUUAGCUAAACAGUUAUAGAAGCGACCAAUGUCUCAAUG